UAAAAAAAAAAUGGGGAAAAGAAUAGAAUCACACGGGUCGUCACAUUGGACUGAGAAGAAAAUGCGACACUUACAUUCGGGAGAGAGAUCUGAAGGAAGCUGCUGUCUGUGGUAAUGGAAGGUGGGUCCCCAGACCAGGAAUCAGUUGGAUCUGGGACAAAAAGGUCCAAUGUAUUGUCUGGCAGUAAAUCUCGUAACUGCAAGGAAUUUUUCUACAGAUUUAUUGAUUGUGAAAUUUUUACUGCAAAUCUUGAAGAACGGUUUCAAUCAUUAUAUGAGAAGUCAGAGCCAAAGAAGCCUGCCUUCGAUGUACCGUUUGAGUUGAUAGAGCUUCAAAAAUUUGACUAUGCUUUGGAAGGAGUUUCAUUCCAACAACUUAUUCGGAUGCCAACCGCUGUUUAUGCUUCAACAUCUGAUGCUGCUGAAGCAACUGCUUAUCUUGCUGUUGAAGAUUUUUUACAUGCAACUGUGAAGGGCUUGUGGGAGGCAUUUUGGAGUCGGGAUGAACCCAUGCCUUUCUCUGUUGCCUGUCUUUACAAAGAAAAUUUUAAAUUUUACCAGGCAGAGAAUGCAAUAGCCAGUGGGAAGCUUGGAAAUUUAUGUGCUACUGGUGUAUUGCUUAAGAACCCAAGACAUCCCCAUGGAAAGUGGGACAAUCUUCUUGAACUGGCUCUUUUGAGGCCUGAUAUCCUAAGCCUUGCUGUAGAAAGCAAGCAACAGCCCUCUCUGCAUGUUCUUGGUGAGGCUCUUUUCUAUGCUUUGCGCAUGCUCCUAUCAAGAAGCUUAAGAAGACAGAAUUUUAACCUGAGUUCAAAUUCUGUUUUUGUUCUUCUUGUUGAUUCUCAAUAUGGAGGGGUUGUGAAAGUUGAAGGAGAUGUAAAUAAAAUGGAUUUUGAUGUAAAUAAUGUCUAUGAGUGUGCUGCUCAGUGGAUACAAAGGCAUGCCAGAAUUGCUGUUUCUCCAGUUGAUAGGAUCUGGAACAAUCUUGGGAAUGCCAAUUGGGGAGAUAUUGGUGCUUUGCAGGUAACUUUUGCAACUUUUUACUGUAUAAUGGAGUUUGCUGGCCUGCCUAAGCACUCCAUUGAAGAUUUAGCAGCUGACCAUGGUUCUCGCCUCCAAACGAGGAGAGUGGAGAGGGAGUUGGGGGAUACUAGAGUGAAUGGGAAUGGUUUAUUUAGGUUUCAGCAGCAUGGUGUCUCUCCUGAAAUUGUUGAAGUUCAGGAUGAUUCUGUCAGAAUUGAGUCUGAGUUGCUGAAGCUGGAAGUAGGAUCUGUAUUAUUAUUGGAGGAUUCAAACUGGGAAAGAGGUUAUCAGAUUAACCAAGUCAGGAGUAAUGGUGAGAUUCCUUAUUACAUUGCAUCGCCAGUUGAAGAUCCAGGAAAGUCCCUCUUUAUCUAUGUGGGUUCCCAUCCUUCUCAGCUGGAACCAGCUUGGGAAGAUAUGAAUUUGUGGUAUCAAGUUCAGAGACAAACCAAAGUAUUGACUAUUAUGAAACAGAAAGGGCUAUCUAGCAAGUAUCUGCCUCAAUUGAGUGCAUCUGGAAGGAUUAUUCAUCCUGGUUGGUGUCGGAGACCGAGUUCAGGUGGAAACUGUGAUCACCCUUGGUGUGGCACCCCAAUUCUUGUGACCAGCCCAGUUGGUGAGACGGUUGCUGAUAUGGUUAGUGAAGGUCAUUUUGGUGUGGAUGAAGCUAUAAGGUGUUGUCAUGACUGUUUAUCUGCACUUUCUACUGCCUCUUCAGAUGGCAUUAGGCAUGGAGACAUUCGGCCUGAAAAUGUGAUUUGUGUAAGUUCUGGUGAAAGGCAUCCUUAUUUUGUCCUAAUUGGUUGGGGACAUGCUAUUUUAGGAGAUAGGGACCGCCCUGCAAUGAACCUUCAUUUUUCAUCUACUUAUGCUCUACAGGAGAGAAAGUUGUGCACAGCAUCAGAUGCUGAGAGCCUGGUUUACAUGCUUUACUUUGCAUGUGGAGGUGCUUUGCCUGUUCUUGAUUCUGUUGAAGGGGCACUACAGUGGAGAGAGAAUUCUUGGUCUAGGAGAUUGAUUCAGCAGAAAUUGGGUGAUUUCUCCACAGUAUUGAAAGCAUUUGCUGAUUAUGUUGACAGUUUGUGUGGAACGCCUUAUCCUAUGGAUUAUGAUAUAUGGUUAAGAAGGUUGAGGAGAAGUAUUCAUGAGGAAGAUCAUGGGAAGGAAAUCGACACAUCUACCUAGAAUUAUGUUGUAAAAGCAAAUCCGGCCUGGUUUAGCCAACUCAAUCAUCUUGAUGAUUAUUGCUUGCUACCUAUGGCAGUAUUUUGCCGGAAAUCUAGGAUACCUGAAGGCAACUGUGGAACUCUGGGAAUGCUUGGAGUUUGAUCCCCUGGGACUGCACUAUUCAAAAUUUUGGCAAUGGUUGCAAUUCUCCCAUGGACCAGCUCAAAUACGGUAGUUAGAUCUUCAGUUGUCUAUGGAACUUCUUGGUUUCUGGAAAAUUGAGGCAGGCUGAUGAGCAUUAUCAAGAGCGCGUUCCAGUAGUGUGCUCAUGAACUGGGGUUGGAUGAUUAUCUCGUUUUGUUAUGAGGUUCCCACAUUAUGUAGAGGACAUGAAGGAUCAUUUCUUGGUUGAUUGCUUUUUCUUUUGUCAUUCCUUUGUAAAGAUACAAGCAAUUUGGAGCCGUUUUUGUUGGCCAUGUAACAGAACUGAUGUUAGACAUGAUGAUCGGAAAGUGGUAAGGGCGUAAUCCUUUUCCUGUAAAUGAAUCGUGAAGUAGUGCUACGGGGUUUCUGAUUUCAUUGAUGUGUUGCCGCGAGCUGUCACAUCCUUUUGGCCUUUCUUUUGCAAAUAAUAUUGUUUUUGUCUAACUCCUCAAUCUUCUACUUUUCAUGGCCUAUUCAGCGAUCCUUGUAUUUUUAUAACAAAAUUUACGGCUAUCAGGUCUUGAGAGAUGCAUAGCUGAAAAUAGGAUCAAGAAAGGUUGGCUUGCGAAUGAACUUUUUUUUUUUUGUUUUUUGGUUUUUUUGUCUUUUCUGUAAUUAACUUUGAUUUGGCGGCACUUUCGCUCAAGACCUUACUUAAGUUGGCUUGAUUUAAUGCACUUCGGAUUUUUCACUUUUAUUUGGCUUUGGUUUUAGUGAAAAUACAUUUGAAUCAUACCAUAUUUCCUUUGUAAUAACAUAAUGGUGUCAAUUAGAAAAGUCAA